GCAAUUGGCGCCUUAAGGUCUUGAAGGUCUGAGUUGUGGAGGUACGUUGGCACCCCUCCCUACGGCCGUCUUCGUUGGCCGAGGAACGUAGGGACAGCCUCGGCCCAGUCCAUCGGCAAUGGCGCCGUAAGGUGAAAGUGUCCAGAAUGGACGAUGAGGCGUCCGAUUGCACGACAGUGCACUCCAACGUCCAGUGCGACAGCAAAAACCUUGGCAACGGCAAGGAACCUGACAAGGCGACUGACAUCGCGACGCAAACGGACCUCAAGCUCCACCACUCCGUUGAAGCUGACGGCAAGGAGACUGGCAUCGCGACACAGACGGACCUCAAGCUCCACCACUUCGCGGAGGCUGACGGCACCAAGAUAGAUAAGGACGAUGUGGCGGCCUACCAGCUUGAGUACUUCGGGGAGGCGGACCCUGCCAAUUGCGUGGCCAGCAGCUCGGAGCAGAGCACAGUGGACUUGGACGUCUCCCCCACCACCACGGGCCCGGGCGGUUCGGAGCAGAGUGCCGCGGACGUGGCCAUCCUCACGACCCUCACGGACCAGCACAAUUUGGUGCAGCUCGACGAGCAAGUGGUCCCGCCCGUCACGCUGCCCGACGAGCCGCCCGAGCCAGAGGUGCAGCCCGACGAGCACGGCCAGGGCUUCGACAGCCAGGGCUCCGAGACCGAGGACGCCCACGACGACGUGAAGUCAGGAGGCCUCGAGCUGCAGUGGGAGUGCAUGGACGCGCGCGGCGCGACCCAGGGGCCAUUCUCCCAGGAACAGAUGAGAGAGUGGUUCGAGGUGCGCGCGCUCCCCAAGGGCCUGCCGAUGAGGACGAAUCCAGACACGCCGUUCAUGACGUCCGGGCUGCUCUUCCCCUCACCGCUGGUGCCGUUCCGAGAUUGUCCAAGGGCCUUUGGCUACUACUACGGCCACGCUCACGUGGGCUUGGUCCAAGACUUGCGAGAAGGCGGACGAAAAGUUGGAGCGGGUUGCCUACAAUAUGAUUCUGCUGGCCUGGGACCGCUCCCUCUCUUUGGAAUGCGUGGCGGCCGAGCUGACCAAGGGCAGCGAGAAGAUGGUGGAGCUGGCACGGGCCAUGGGGAUUCCGAACUUCGCGAAGGCCGCGGUCAUCAUGAAAGGUCUGGCUAAGGAGGCGGCGUGCCUCUCGCUGUGAGGUGCGGUGGUGGAUCGAGCCGCUUGGCUUAGUGAGGCAGCCUGUCCUCCCCUUCUCCCUCCUACCCCUGCCUCUCUGCCUCCCCUCCGCUCCCUCUUCUCCCCUCCCCUCGCCGUCUUGUGGCCUCGGCGCAAGCCAGCGUUGUCCAGGCCUGCAGGGGGGCUCCUUUGGGAGGUGGCGGCCCGCCGCCCACAAAAUGGCCAGCCGCGGGGGGCUCUGCAGCGCCACCAUGGCGCCCGGGUGAGCCCCACCGCCGGCCCUGCGUGGCUGCGGUCCGCCUGCUGCGCCUGCGGUACAGGCCCGCGCGCGGCACCCUCCGUCUCCCAGCUAGUUUCCAUGUGAUCACUGAUCUGCACAUUUAUUCACCGCUGUGCAUUCGAGUGGCCUCACCCUGUUCGCGUAGGUUUCGUGGUGAUUCACGGAUUCCUCAGGGCCUUUCUAGGCUUUUCUUGUACACUACCGCUUGGAUCGCCGGACUUUUGUUUCGGUUCCCUGCGUCAUGCCUCCCCCCCUCGUUCCUCCCGCCUCUCUUCCCCCCUCUUCCUCCCCCCGCUCCUUCGGAUUCUCUUGUGCAUGUUGGUUUCCCGCGGCAUCCCGUCCCCACGUACAGCAUUUUGCCCGACCCGAGGGGCUCUGCCGAGCGGAGUCGAUGCACGCGUUGUGGCGUGCGCUCGUGUGGCGAUUUUAAUGCACAUCCUAUUUCGAGUGUUUCCUUCACAUUGCUGUUGAACUUUCUCGCACUAUGGUGGCAGCCGCGUUGUGUGAAGUUCGUGUGGCCGCGCAACACAUAAUGGGAGCAGUACCCCCGGCAGCCCCUAUGAUGGCAGCUGCCGAGGGGGUGUGGCCUAUGAUGGUCCCCACCGGAAUGGCUGAGGCCUGUGAUGGUCCUCGCCAGGGAGGAAGGAGAAGAGAA